GGUGACUAGGGGGCAUAUUUGCCAGCUCGUCCACAUGCCUUUUCAUGGAGGAAAGCCGGCCCUUGGAUUUGGAUGAGCCAGGCGCAAAACUUACUGCAAAGCAGACUUGCGUCAGAUUCUGUUGUGUCUUCUUCAAUGUUCUCAGCGGUUUCGUCAACGGAUAUGACAUUUGUAUCACCACUGGCAUUCUGGACGACAUGGACCGAGAUCUCAAGCUAUGCCACGAUGAUGGCCAGAUCUCGACUUGCUUUGCCAAGGAAGCAGUCCUUUCAGCCGUCAGUCUGGGCGCUCUCUUGUCCAGAUUGUGCUGCACAAAUUUGGCCGAAAGAUUUGGUCGUCGAGCUGCCCUUUUCCUUGCGGACGUUUUGAUCCUGACCUCGCUGGCCCUACAGUCCGGCACGCGCUCAAUAUCCAUUUUCUUCGUGGCGCGGGGACUGGUUGGGAUGGGCAUGGGUCUGGCCUUUCUGAUCACGCCGAUCUACCUUUGUGAAAUAGCGCCUCGUUCAAGUAGGGGCCUCUUCGUUUGUUUGAAUGAAGUCGCUGUGUGUGUCGGGUGCCUGGCUGGUCUACACAUAUCGGCCCUGGACUGGAUGCGGCAGGAGUGGGCGUGGCAGAAGGCGGUCGCCCUGGCAGCGGUGCCAGCUGCGGUGCAGCUGGUGUUCGUGUGUUUGCUGCCGGAGAGCCCUCGGUGGUAUGCCAAUCGCGGGGAUGUGGACGGCGUGGACCGCGCCAUCCGUGCGUUGGGACUGCAGGCGGAGACCCAGGACCUGAAAGCUGCGGCCAGGGCCGCUGAGGGACGUGAGGACAAGUCCAGCUGUUGCUGGCGCCACGUCAGCGCGUGGGUGGACUUCAAGCAGCCCUGCUCCAUCGCCAUGGGCGUUGCGAGUUGCAACGCCUUUGUGGGCACCUUAUCGGUUCAAGCCUACGCCCACGAUCUGCUGAAGCUUUGCCAGGUGGAAGACCCGGACACAGUGCUGCCCUUGAUUGGCUGGAUGAAGCUGGCAGGGGCCCUGCUGGCUAUGCUUGCAUCCGACUCUCGGCUAGUAGGGCGACGACGGCUUGUCAUCGGAGGAAGCCUGCUGUGCACGCUUUGCGAUGCUACCCUGGCUGUCCAUCUCGCUUUUCCAAACCAGUUCCCGCCUGGCCUGGCUACCGCAAGUGUGGUCUUGCGGAUCUUUGGUUGGAAUGCUGGCUAUGGCGGUGUGGCCUUCGUUGUCAUUUCCGAGGUGCUGCCCAACGCAGUUCGGUCCCACUUUGCUGCGCAAUGCCAAGUGGUGGGCAGCGUCAUCGACACGCUCAUCUUCCAACUCUUUGAGACGAUGCUCUUCGCCAACUCCGUGGCGACCUUUGUGACCUUUGCCACCAUCAACCUGAUCUCCUGCCUCUUUGCGGUGUGCUGCCUGCCGGACUUUCGAGGCCAAGCGCUGGAGGCAUGUGCCGCACGCACCUACGGCGUCCUGAGCGAAGAUGUGCCAAACUCGCCGCCGGUGGAGCUGCCACAGGUGCUUGGGGUGCAGAUUGGCGACAGGGCCAGAGAUGUGAAGGUGCUGUGAUUCAGGGGCCUCGCCCUGGUAGUCGCCAAUGCAGGCGUUAGAUUAGCUUGCUUGACAAAGGACGAUCACACUUUGGGAUGG